ACAUUACAGCAUCCUCAGCCUCUGUUACGACCGUAUUUUCCGCCAUACAGCGCUUGUAUGAUGGAGGCGUGAACAGCGACAAAGAGGCGAGGGAGAUACAGUGAACGUGCAUCUGAUGAGGAUUAAAAAAGCCUGCAAACGCUAGUGUGACUCAGUGGGUUGGACUGCACAGUGCGACUGGGAAAUACACCCACAGAUGCCAGUGAAUGCGUUCUCUAUUGGAUGGUCGGAGGCUUGCUGUACUGAUCAGUUGAUACUAGAGAUUAAUUGGCGAGAGGGUCGCAGACGGUUCCACCAGAAUCAUGCAGUGUUGGCAGCAGCCGACAUGAAUGACAAAUAAAGGAGAUAUUCGCGAUAUUCGAGCGAACAACACAAGCGCCAAGCGCAGAGGAUUGUGUAGAAAUAUAUCGGACUUGAAUCAAGCCACGCAUAACGUCGCCUCGGAUCCGAUGGACCUCCCUCGCCGUUGUUAGAAAACACGCAAACGGAUUAUAGAAUCAAACAUUGGUGAAUUUGGUGAAUGUAAUAGAUUGAAGUGUUAAAGCGUUUAUUUUGUCAGGCGAGACCUGAAAAACUUCCACAAUGGCUCUGGUCAUGGAGCCUGUGAGCAAGUGGAGUUCGAGUCAAGUGGUGGACUGGAUGAAAGGGCUGGAUGACUGUCUGCAGCAGUACAUUAAGACGUUUGAGAGGGAGAAGGUGGGGGGAGAUCAGCUGCUUCGUAUCACCCACCAGGAGCUGGAGGACCUGGGAGUGUCCCGUAUCGGACACCAGGAGCUCAUCCUGGAGGCUGUGGAUCUACUCUGUGCUCUGAACUACGGUUUGGAGACAGAGAAUCUGAAGACUCUAUCCCAUAAGCUUAAUGCCUCAGCCAAGAACCUGCAGAACUUCAUCACAGGGCGGCGUCGCAGUGGUCACUAUGACGGCCGUGCCGCCCGCAAGCUGCCCAAUGACUUCCUCACCUCUGUGGUGGACCUCAUCGCUGCAGCCAAGAGCCUGCUGGCAUGGCUGGAUAGGUGCUACUUCUUUUUCAGGUCUCCGUUCGCAGCAGUGGCAGACUACUCCAUGACAAGAAACAAUGUGAUUCAGCUGUGUCUAGAGCUCACCACGAUUGUACAGCAGGACUGUUCUGUGUAUGAGACAGAAAAUAAGAUUCUGCAUGUGUGUAAGACUCUAUCUGGAGUGUGUGAUCACAUCAUCUCUCUGUCCUCUGACCCGAUGGUGUCUCAGUCAGCCCAUUUGGAGGUAGUUCAGCUGGCCAACAUCAAGUCUACUGAGGGACUGGGCAUGUACAUCAAAUCGACAUAUGACGGCCUGCAUGUCAUCACUGGAACUACAGAGGGAUCUCUGGCUGACCGCUGUAAGAAAAUCCACGCAGGCGAUGAAGUCAUCCAGGUCAAUCAUCAGACAGUGGUGGGCUGGCAGUUAAAGAACUUGGUGAAUUCUUUGCGCGGGGAUCCCGGGGGUGUUAUGCUGACUCUGAAGAAGCGCCCACAGAGCACACUCACAUCCACCCCAGCACUACUGAAGAACAUGAGAUGGAAACCCUUAGCCCUGCAACCCAUCAUCCCUCAGAGCCCCAGCAGCAGUGUGGCCACGCCCACCAGUACCCUGAGCACCCCGUCCAGGAGAGACAGCUGUGCCCUGCAGGACCUCUUCAUCCCCCCGCCCCCUGAUGAACCAUACACCCCCAGAGAUGACAAGGGGAAUCUACCAGGUGACAACGACCUCCAAGCUGAAGUCCCGGUGGCCAAGGGCUCUGAGUCCCCCAACUCCUUCCUGGACCAGGAGUGUCGCCGACGUUUUCCUCUGGUGGAGGAGGAUGCCGUUCUCUACUGCUACGAGUACGAUCAGAACCAUGGACCUCCACUUGCACGCAGGGACAGCACCCCGACUUAUGGCAGGCUUAGACCCAUCUCCAUGCCAGUGGAAUAUAACUGGGUGGGAGACUAUGAAGACUCGUCCAAGCUGAAAAGAGAGAGCAGGAGAGAAAACUCCCUGCUGCGAUAUGUGAGUCAGAGUGAGGACAAGGCCAUGCCAGAGGAGUACUUGACAGGACGCAGCAGGAAGAAGAGUGACAAAAGCAGCCCUGCCCACUACGCCCUCCACCCAGCCCUCCAGAUGGAGGUCUCCAUGUCCAUGUCCAGCUCUGACUCUGCCUCCCUCUACCAUAUGUUUGAACGAUCCUCGCUGCUCUCAAGGUCUAGGAAGAAAAGUAAAGUAGGUGGCUCUCUGUCCUCCAUCAGUAAGAGGCGUAUCUCCUGUAAGGACCUGGGGCAUGGGGACUGUGAGGGCUGGCUGUGGAAGAAGAAGGAUGCUAAAAGUUAUUUCUCCCAGAAGUGGAAAAAGUACUGGUUCAUCCUGAAAGAUACCUGCCUGUACUGGUACAUGAAUGAGGAGGAUGAAAAGGCAGAGGGCUUUGUAAGUCUCCCUGAAUUCAAGAUUGAUCGUGCAUCUGAGUGCCGUAGGAAGUAUGCUUUCAAGGCCUGCCAUCCAAAGAUCAAGAGUUUCUACUUUGCAGCAGACAAUGUGGAUGACAUGAAUAGGUGGCUGAGUCGUUUGACCAUGGCAGUGGCAGGUUACUCGGAGCAAGAGAGGAUCCGACAGGACCAGGACUACUGGAGUGAAAGUGACCAUGAGGACAUGGAGAUGCCAUCAACCAUACCCAAACAGGACAGCCCUCCACCCCCCUACGACAGCUACCCCAGGCCCCCCUCGGUGUCCCAGAUGAGUCCAUACCUGGAGCCCAAACACGGCCGCCUCUCCUCUGAAACCUUCCAGUCACCCUCCUCUCAUGAGGAGUUCCACCCCGAGCCACAGGAGGGCAGCGGGAGCGGCUCCCCUGGUCAGAAGUCUUCCAGCCAACGGCGUUCGUGGCAGGACUUGAUUGAGGCUCCCCUGGGCAGCACGGGGCUCCACUACCUGCAGACCCUGCCCCUGGAUGAGGCCCUGCUGCAUUCCCCUGGAGGAGGUUGCCUUUCUGUGGAGUACCGUCGCCAGUCAACCCUCCCUGCUCAGCGCAGCCUGCUGCAGGAGCACUAUGGCCCACUGCCCCUGCAACUCAGCCCCAGUGUCCCUGUAGAGGCUGGGGGGAAACACCGUAGCUUCACCCUUCCCCGAGACAGUGGGCUCCAUGCCAUUCUCUCAGCCUCGGCCAGCGACUCUGACCACAGGGACCACCACCGCUACCAGCUGGCCAGAGACACAGGCUGUGAGCGAGAGGGACGUCCUCAGGCUGACUCUUUGGGGGACCUGUACCGGGCCCUGGAGAGGGCCAACCUGUCCUCCAUAGGCGAUCAUCGGCCUUCCUCCCGUCUGGAGUACAAACGCUCCUUCGUCCGCCGCGUCAAUGACCCACUGCUCAGUGAAAAGCUCCACCGUCUCCGCAUCCUACAGAGUGCUCUGAAGAAUGUCCCUCUUCAGGACUCUGAACCAUCGUUGGGUUUUUUAGGAUAGCCUAUGUGGAACAGACCAUGGACACAGCAGCGCCAUUACAGUCACCCCAUACAUCCUGCCAAGGGACGUGCCCUUACUGCCCUACCCCAGACAUCCCCUCAUCCCUGGAAGACAACCAUAAGAACCAGUGUUACACCCCUCCUCUCUUUCUCUCUCUCUUUCUCUCUCUCUCACACACUCACUCAAUCUCACUCUCUCUGCAUGCCCACAUCUGCUUCUAAUGACCUACCUCAUGCAAAAUAGUUUGUUCAGUGAGCAAAAUAACCAUAACAUAUUAACUUCUUACGGCUGAGAUCCCGUUAACGGGAUCGAUAUGACAACAGCCAGUGAAAGUGCAGGGCGCCAAAUUCAAACAUCAAGUCUCAUAAUUAAAAUUCCUCAAACAUACAUGUGUCUUAUAUCUUUUUAAAGGUAAUCUUGUUGUUAAUCCCACCAAAGUGUCCGAUUUCAAAUAUGCUUUUCGGCGAAAGCACUACAAACGAUUAUGUUAGGUCACCACCAAACCACAGUGAGCACAGCCAUUUUCCCAGCGAAAUAUAGCAGUCACAAAAAGCAGAAAUAUAGAUAAAAUUAAUCACUAACCUUUGAUGAUCUUCAUCAGAUGACACUCAUAGGACUUCAUGUUACACAAUACAUGUAUGUUUUGUUCGGUAAAGUUCAUAUUUAUAUCCAAAAACCUCAGUUUACAUUGGCGCCAUGUUCAGAAAUUCCUCCAAAAUAUCCUGAGAAAUUGCAGAGCCACAUCAAAUAACAGAAAUACUCAUCAUAAACUUUGAUGAAAGAUACAUGUUUUACAUAGAAUUGAAGAUACACUUGUUCUUAAUGCAACCGCUGUGUCAGAUUUCAAAAAACUUUACGGAAAAAGCACACCAUGCUAUAAUCUGAGUAUGGCGCUCAGAGCCCAAAUAAGCCAUAAAGAUAUCCACCAUUUUUUGAAGUCAACAGAAGUCAGAAAUAGCAUUAUAAAUAUUCACUUACCUUUGAUGAUCUUCAUCAGAAUGCACUCCCAGGAAUCGCAGUUCCACAAGAAAUGUUUGUUUUGUUCAAUAUAGUCCAUCAUUUAUGUCCAAAUACCUUCAUUUUGUUCGCACGUUCAGUCCAGUAAUCCACUUUCAUGACACGCAGGACAGACGAAAAGUCAAACAAUUCCAUUACAGUUCGUAGAAACAUGUCAAACGAUGUAUAGAAUCAAUCUUUAGGAUGUUUUUAACAUAGAUCUUCAAUAAUGUUUCAACCGGAGAAUUCCUUUGUCUUCAGAAAUGCGAUGUUUUCUAUCCAAAUCUACUAACAAUAUGCAUAUCUUAGCCUCUGAGCCUGAGUAGCAGGCAGUUUACUCUGGGCACCUUUUCAUCCAAGCUACUCAAUACUGCCACCCAGCCAUAAGAAGUUUUAACUUAGUUUAGCCACUUUUCAGCAUAUUACAAAUUGUUGAUGUACUUGUUACAGUGUAUACAAGAACUGGAGCACAUGACUUGACAAGUCGUUAACCGUUUUUGACAAAUCACAAAGCAAAUAAAGGUUUUUACCUCACAGAUCAUCACAUUAAUACAAGCCUACUGCCUAGCCUAACCAUAGUCCAAAACCUAAACAGGGAUGAAACCAUUUUAGGGGGGUUUGUGGGGGGGUUUCUUUCAUUUGUGGGGGGGUUUCAAAUCCAUUGAGGGUAGAAAUGGGGGAAGGUAUCUUGUGGGGAUAUGAUGCAGGAAAUACUACUAUGAUGGGGGAUUUAUCAAUAAAUGGGGGGCAAACACAAGAAGGUUAUACGCUAAAUAAAAGUAAACCCCCUGGAAAGAGGGAUCGGAGCUGGUAACCCUGAGGUACCAAAGUUACAAUCUGAUGCCGCAUUCACGACAACUGGGAACUCAGGAAAAAGUUUUGAACGGUCAUCCAAUUCGGAAUUCCAACUCGGGAACUCGGGCCUCUAGAAAGAGCUCCAACUUUCUGAUGCAAAGAUCAUUGAUGUCAUGAUUUUACCUCGUAUUUUUCAGAGUUCACAGUUGUCUUGAAAGCAUCAUAAGUCAGUCGAGUUGUGAUAACAUCUUUGGUCUGACAGACGCUAACGUGAAAAACAAAAUGUUCACAAACAUGGCGCCACACAUAGCCGGCAAAUAGCUUAGCAUUAGCACAUCAUAAUCAGAACAACAUUCAAGUAUUUUACACGCAUCAAAUGUGUCCAUUACAAUCUAUGCAAGAAUCGGAAUGCAUUAUUUGUCAGCAGAACUUGAAAACAUGUUAAUAAAAGAGUAAAUACAUUAUGAUCCAUACAAAUAUCUGGAUCGUGAUGUGUGUUUUGUCCUAUAUUUUUAUUACAUUUAAAUGUAUUUUUAAUCCCAGCCCCCGUCCCCGCAGUAGUCCUUUUGCCUUUUGGUAGGCUGUCAUUGUAAAUAAGAAUUUGUUCUUAACCUUUCUAGCCCCGGGGUUCCACUAGCGGAACCCCCCCCCACAUUCCACUGAAAAGGCAGCACGCGAAAUUCAAAAAAUAUUUUUUUGAAAUAUUUAACUUUCACACAUUAACAAGUCCAGUACAGCAAAUGAAAGAUAAACAUCUUGUGAAUCCAGCCAACAUGUCCGAUUUAAAAAAAUGUUUUACAGCGAAAACACCACAUAUAUUUAUGUUAGCUCACCACCAAAUACAAAAAGCACAGACAUUUCUUUCACAGCACAGGUAGCUUGCACAAAACCCCCAAAUAGAGAUAGAAUUAGUCACUAACCAAGAAACAACUUCAUCAGAUGACAGUCUUAUAACAUGUUAUACAAUAAAUCUAAGUUUUGUUCGAAAAAUUUGCAUAUUUCAGGUAUAAAUCAUAGUUUUACAUCGCAGCUACAAUCACAAAUAGCACCAAAGCAGCAAGAAUAACUACAGAUAGCAACGUGAAAUACCUAAAUACUCAUCAUAAAACAUUUAUGAAAAAUACAUGGUGUACAGCAAAUGAAAGAUAAACAUCUUGUGAAUCCAGCCAAUAUUUCAGAUUUUUUAAGUGUUUUACAGCGAAAACACAAUAUAGCAUUAUAUUAGCCAACCACACAACCGCAUUCAUUCACCGCAAAGGUAGCGAUCGCAAAAAAAACAGCAAAAGAUACAAAAUGAUUCACUAACCUUGACAAACUUCAUCAGAUGACAGUCCUAUAACAUCAUGUUACACAAUACAUAUAUGUUUUGUUCAAAAAUGUGCAUAUUUAGCGGUACAAAUCGUAGUUUUACAAUGUGAAUACGUAGCCAAACUGCACAAAAUUAUCCGGAUAUAUUUCUGACACUCACCUAAUCUAAUCAAAUAACUCAUCAUAAACUUUACUAAAAAAUACAUGUUGUACAGCAAAUGAAAGAUACACUAGUUCUUAAUGCAAUCACCGUGUUAGAAUUCUAAAAAUAACUUUAGUACGACAUACAGCUUACGUUAUAGCGAGACAGCGCCUGCAAUGAGGGCGGAAAAUAGUACUAAACAUUUUCCACAGAAAUACGAAAUAACAUCAUGAAUGGUUCCUACUUUUGCUGAGCUUCCAUCAGAAUCUUGUACAAGGAGUCCUUUGUCCAGAAUAAAUCGUUCUCCUGUCGAAUUAGCAACCAAAGCUAGCCAAGUGGCGCGAAGUUGUCCAUCUUCACCAAACGCAGAGAACGGAAAACGCCAAAACUCCCGAUAAACGUUCAAUAAUCUGAUAAAACUAUAUUGAAAAAACAUACUUUACGAUGAUAUUAUCACAUGUAUCAAAUAAAAUCAAAGCCAGAGAUAUUAGCCAUCUAUACCGAAAGCUUUUCAGAAGGCAAUCCAGGGUUCCUUCCCGCGCCUUGCUGGACAAAGGAAAUUUGGGGUCACGUCAUUCCAAGAGCUCUUGUUCGACCUCAGAUCAAGCUAGACACCCCAUUCCACCUCCCACUGCCUGUUGACAUCUAGUGGAAGGUGUAUGAAGUGCAUGUAUAUCCAUAGAUUUCAUAGAUUUCAAGCAAAUGAAUAGGAAGGCCCUGGAACAGAGCCUCGAUUUCAGAUUUUUCACUUCCUGACAGGAAGUUUGCUGCAAAUUAAGUUCUGUUUUACUCACAGAUAUAAUUCAAACGGCUUUAGAAACUUGAGAGUGUUUUCUAUCCAAUAGUAAUAAUAAUAUGCAUAUUGUACGAUCUAGAAUAGAGUACGAGGCCGUUUAAAUUGGGCACGAUUUCUUCCCAAAGUGAAAAUAGCACCCCCUACACACUAACAGGUUUAACUGACUUGCCUUGUUAAAUAAAGGUUAAAUCAAAAAUAAAUAACACGAUAUACAGAAAAUUAACCACUUACUUUGAUAGGAAUGUACACGUGUCCAAAGUCCAAUUUGUAAGACAAAGAACCAUGAAGGCAAUGUGGGCCCCAGCCAGAAAAUGUGCUGGGGGAAAACGUUUGUGCAAGGCCUGUUCUGACGAGAGAUGCACAAUGCCUUGGGCUCAAGUUGAAGAGAGAAGUUUGUCUGCUCAGUAAAGUCUCAAACAUAAAUUGUCAGCAAGAGUGAAAUGGGCUACUUCUUAUGCAAAUUAACGAGGAGGCGGAACACACCUCAAUCCAAACUUUUGUUAGAAAAUAAAACUUGUUAGAAAAUAAUUUGAAAUUGACAAGUUGAAACAUAGCCUAUUUAUAAUUAGCAGGCAGCGUGUCUUGGUUUGAGGGCAGCGCGGGUAACUGUCCUGUUGUGUAACAAUCACAUUUUGGAAUAGUGAGAGCAUUCUGACAUCACGCUCAUGAAAAAACUCACGCAGGGGCGACAGUUGGAGAUAUUUGGAACUCAAGUGUGAAAAGGUUAAAGGAAAGUUACAGCAUAAAUUGCACUGGAGAAUAUAGUGAGGCCAGGAUUCAAUCAGAUCAGCGUUAACCCGCGGUAACCGACAAAUGCAUAGCUUAACCUUUCUGGCGCAGGCGUUCCGCUAGCGACCCACCUCGACAACAUCCGGUGAAAUUGCAGAGCGCAAAAUUCAAAUUACAGAAAUAGUAAUAUUUAACUUUCAUGAAAAUACAAGUGACAUACAUAUAAAUAAAGGGUAACUUUUUGUUAAUCCAGCUGCUGUGUCAGAUUUCAAAAAGGCUUUACGGAAAAAGCACACCAUGCGAUUAUCUGAGGACAGCGCCCAGAACACAAUGUAUUAAAAACAUAUUUCAACCAGGCAGGUGCGAAAGUCAGAAAUAGCGAUAAGAUAAAUACCUUACCUUUGAAGAUCUUCUUCUGUUGGCACUCCAAAAGGUCCCAGUUACAUCACAAAUGGUCCUUUUGUUCAAUAAAGUCCUUCUUUAUAUCCCCAAAAACUUGCUUCAUUCAAUAAUCCACCGGUUUCCCUCCUUCAAAAUGCAUACAAAAUGAAUCCCAAACGUUACCAAUAAACUUCUCCAAACAAGUCAAACAACGUUUAUAAUCAAACCUCAGGUACCCUAAUACGUAAAUAAACAAUCAAAUUUAAGACGGAGAAUCGUUAUUGUCUUUACCGGAGAUGAACAACAAAGAAUUAAUCCACGCGCAUAAAAACACUACAGGCAAAAUGGGAGCCACUUAGAAAAACUACAAAUUCUAGCUCAUUUUUUCAAAAACAAGCCUGAAACUCUUUCUAAAGACGGUUGACAUCAUAUAGUUGUUGACAUCAUAUUAAAAAUGACAGUCAUUGUAAACAGUGGUAGGCUGAAUUUUUUGGGGGGGUCGUUUGUCCUCGUGUUUUUGCCUGCCAUAUCAGUUCUGUUAUACUCACAGACAUUAUUAUAACAGUUUUAGAAACUUUAGUUUUAGAAACUUUCUAUCCAAAUCUACCAAUUAUAUGUAUACCCGAGCUUCUGGGCCUGAGUAACAGGCAGCUUACUUUGGGCACGCUUUUCAUCCAGACGUCAAAAUACUGCCCCCUAGCCCAAAGAGGUUUUAAUAUUGCUUUCGUUUAGGUGGUGGAAGGUGUAACUGCGUUGGAGCUGUCAAAAGCAAUAUUUAGCUAUGCGUUUGUCACUACCGGGGUUAGCGCUGAUCUGAUUGAAUCCUGGCCUGAGUUUGAUGGUAUUUUUUUGCACAGUUCAUUGUUUUGUGUGAGGAAAAUGUCACGUUAUGUGUCUUUACGCCCAUCUCCCCCCACCUAUUUCAGUAGCUCUUCAACACACAUACAUCUCACUCUGGGUUUCUGUCCACCCCAUCUCAUUGACUCACUCACUCACUCUCCUACUCGCUCUCAGAACAUUGUCUGUGGAGGAAUGUAUUGUUUGAUUUAUUUUUCUAGAAGGCAACCAUGACAUUCACAGCCUUUUCUGGUUUGAUGAUAUUGGAUAUUUCCACCCAUCUGAAAGACUGCAUUAGUGGGGCGCCCUUUAACUCACUGCUCACCUGCAUGACCAUGUUAGAACCUUCUGCUUCUGUACAGUACUGUCUGUUCUGAAGACUAUGCCAGGGUUGUGCACAGUAUCACUACAAUUAAUCUUGAUCCUAAAUUAACUAUAAUAAGCAAUUGUAUUUUUGAUGUCUACAAUGUUUAUGUUAUGCAUGUGUGAAUGGUAAAUGAGUAUGUACUGUAUGUCUGUGUGUUAUGAGAGUGUACAGUAUGUUAAGCGUAUAUAUUUAUUUCAUAAACUGGAUAUCACGCAACUGGUAUGUCAGCUCAAAAUGUAAGGAGAUUAUCUUUCAACUUCAGUGUUGUGCCUCAGAGGUUCUGAAAGUAUUAACACUCCAGGACUGGGUGAACAUAGAUUAUGGCUGCAGGGUGGAAUUUCUCUCUUAUAAUAAACAGAAACUGGUGCACAGAGAAGAGGACUGGCAAUAAUAAACCAGUACUGUAAAUUGUGAAGCAUUGAUCAGAAACACGUGUCUAUUUUUGUAUGCAUGCUAUCUAUCCAAAUGUUUGUAAAUGGUUUUGUAUUCCGAGGUGUGUGUGUGUGUGAUCUGGAAACUGCUGGUGUGAACCCAUCGUCCACAUUGUGUUUCAAAGAAAUAUUUUACAUUUUAAGUAAAAGCGACAGGAGAAAGUGUUUGUUUUUGAAGUGAUCUCUGCUAAAAGGUAAAUAACUGUAUUUAUAAACUGUUCAAUGUUUGAGCAUGCUUUGUAUAACUUAAACAGAAUACCAUGCCAUUUGAAAUAUAUGGAAGUUGCACAUGUUUGCCGUAUUGUGGCUAAUUUACUUUUUUAUUCAAUAAUAAUAAACAAAGGCUUGUCCAUCUCCAGAA